AUGCAAUCUGAAGGUAAAAAAAGCACAGAGAUGGGAAAGAAAAGUAAAAAUUCUGCUAUCGAAAACAGAAAUAAGGCACAAAAUCCUAACACGGUAAAGUAUUUUUAUUUCGACAAAGACGGCAGACAAUUAUCAGAGGAGACUGUGGAAAAGCUGAAGAUAAAUGUAAAGGGUAACGUGGUACUAGCCUCCGGACUUGCAGGGACUCGAACUGACGGAAGCCAUACGGAUCCCCCUUUAUCCGAGAAUGUAACAGUUAGUGGCACCCAGAAAACAUCAUUGCAACAAGCAAAUAUGAAACCCGAAGCUUCUGGGAAGCCUGAAAAACCACCAGUUCCUAACUUUCAAGCCAGCCACAAUGGACAAAUUUAUCUCGUUACCCCAGACGGUGGGUUAAGAUCCGCAAUAGGCAAUCCAGAGAUUAGAAUGGCUGAUGAUGACCAGAAGAAACAAAAUAUACCAAAAAUUAUGCCAGGAACAAAUAUAGAAUAUCGCUCAAAUGGUACAAACUAUCUAAAUAGAAAUGGAAAGAUUAAGCGGCCAAUGAAUGCAUUUAUGUUGUGGGCAAGGGAAUUUCGAGGGAAGCUGGCGGAGCAGAUGCCUAACGCCUCCAAUGCUGAGAUUAGUGUGGGUCUUGGGCAGGUUUGGGCAAAUCUUCCCGCAUCGGAGAAACAGUACUUCUACUUAGAGGCGGAGCGGAUCAAAAAUCAGCAUAGGCGAGACUUUCCUGGUUGGGUGUAUCAGCCAAACAUCACAAAGCGCCAGAACCAGAAAGACGCACAACACACUCGUUUGUGGCAAAGGUUUGUGAACAAUAAAGAAGCAAGUGGCAGCAAGGAAUCUGAUAAAGAAUCGACAUAUCGUCCGAUUGCACCGGCAACCCAACAGAACGAGCAGUCUGGUGACAACAUCAGUUCACCAGAACCUAAAGAAGAUGAGGGUAAAAAGUCCCAAGAAACUGUCCCGUCUAAAUCUUCUGCGAACUCAGAAAAUACACAGACGAAAAUUCAGGUGAAACCAACACAAAACUUAAUGACGUUAGAACAACAGAAACAACAGCAAGAAUCAAAGAUUGACGCUCAGACAAUACAGUCAACAGUAAAACAAGUGGUUGUUUCAUCCAGUCCGCAAAUACACAACCAGAAUCCUAUUCCAACCUUUCGCCAAUUCAAACAAGAAUUGGUGUCCUCAGAAAAAUUAAGGAACAUUGCAUCAUAUGUUCAGAAACAUCCUGAAGUACAACCAGGUGAAAGAACUGCAAAGGCUCCUCCAAAGGGCGGAAAUAUGGCUUGUCAACUGGUACCAUUCACCACUGCCACACAAACGAAGACUCAUCCAACAGUAGAUUUCCGAGGACAUGAACUGACCAAUCAAGUUGAUCGACCUGGUCGCCCAAAUUCAGUUGUCAUGAAAUACAAUUACAUACCAGGCUCAAUGCCUAUUUCUCUAAUUCCAACGACGAAACCACUUGUUUCAUCAACUGUUGCUGUGCCAUCAACAAGGCUAGCAAAUCAACUAAGCCAACCCACUCAACAACAGUUUGUGACUUUGGAGACACAGAAACCCCUGAACCACCGGUCCUGGACAAUGAUGAAUCAAUCUGUCUCACAACAGAAGGCUGAUCCAGCAGACCUGAUGUCACAACCAGUGCAGACUGCCAGAAAAAAGCUGCAAAGCAAUUCCUCUGAUCACCUUCAGUUCCCAAUAGCCAUACCGAAUAUACCCAACAUGAACGACAAGACAGAUCCACUUUGGCCAUUCCCUUUCCCACCUGUAGAACAAAUUCCCCAAACACAUCUUUUGUACGAGGGUACUGUGCCAGAUACUGUUUACUCAAAAACGGAUUUAUCCGAUCCAUAUGCUCCGUUCUACUUUGACAAUUACAUCAACCAAAUCCGAGCCACAGAGCUUCAAGUUGACGUUAAUGGAUGGCAACAGUAUUUAGAUGAUGGUAAAACUAAUGGAGCAGGUAAACAGACCACUAAUUAUUUCUCAAACGUUAAACAAUGCCCCAGUGAUCUGGAAAUAUGCCCCUCGCCAGCAUCACAUACUCUAAGCAGAAAUCAGGAAAGUAACAUCAACACUUCAAAUCUAGCGAUGUGGCCUGCAUCCUCAACAGCUAGUGUUAACAAACAGCACAAGUACAUUUCCUUAGAACUAGAUAAUGGUCAACAAAAUGACUUUGCAUUGUCUACGAAAAGAACACCAUCUUCUACUUCAGUAUCUCAAGAUGGCAUAACAUUGCAACCAUCUACAUCUGCUAAAUGCCAGGAAACUCCAAUGCAACAGACAGAAGUCAUACAAGCUCUCCAAGAUACUGGAGUAAAAAGUUCAUUUGUGCCACAAGAAAGAGAUCUAGAAAUAACCUCAAAACAAACAUCAUCAGAAAAUGUAAAUGGUACUAUGGUCAGAAACUUUCAAAACUGCAAAGUCACCAAUAAUCUUACAUAUUAUACAGAUGACACUGUUAACAUAUGUGAGCCGGGUUCAUCAAUGCCAAAAAAUCAAGAAAAAACAGAUAGCAUAGAAUUUGGUUCCAUCAUGUCAAAUGCAGUAAAUGCUCUUCAGGGAGAAUUAGAUGCAUACGAGUCCACAUCUGUUACUGGGUACAAUGAAUCAUCUAUGCCAAAUAUGUAUUCAGAGUCAGAUGUAUCCCCAUUGUGUGCCCAGCCUUCUGCAUCAAAUGAAAAUUUCCAAGUCUCCAAAUAUCAAGUUGAAAACAACAGACCAAUUAAGAAACGUUCAUACAAAAUUAUUGAGGGAUUAUUGGAAAAUGAAGUGUGGAUGUCACAAUUUCGUCCCAAGACGUCAUCUUCCUCCACAAGCCAGACACAGUGCAGUGUAGAAAUGAUAGAAGAACCAACUGUAUCAAACAGAGAAGAAGCAACUGAAUCAAACAGCAAUGGGAUGUUGGGAGAAAAUAAAAAUAAAACUAAAGAUGUGCUGUUGGAGGAAAAUGAGAGUAAAACUAAAGACCAACUCAAAGGUGAGCUGUUGAAGAACAAAGACAAUAAAACUGAAGACCAAAACAAAGAUAAACCAUUGGAGGAGGACAAGACACAGACUAAAUAUCCAAACAGAGAUGAGAUAAUUGAGGACAAUGACAACAAAGCAAAAGACCCAAACAAAGAGGAGCUGCUAAAGGACAAUGAAAAUACUACUGAUCAAAACAGAAAUGAGUUGUUGGAAGUUACUAAUAAUAAAACUGAAGAGGAUAAAUUACACAAUAGAGAUCAGGAUGAAGAAGAUGGAAAAAUAAACGAAGAAUCUAGUACAAUUGUAUGUGAUGGCAGAAUAGAAAUUUAUCAGGAAUGUGAGCUAAUUAAUGCAAGUAACAAUGUAGCAGACACAACAGGUGCUCUUACAAGUUCUAAUCAAGCUGAGACAGUCACUGAUGGAGUUAUUACUUUGAAUGAGAUUAAAAAGGGUGGAUUAGUAGCUUCUAUUGCAAGCAAAAGAGAAAGAAUUGAAGCAAACUGUCAUAAAUUAAAAGACUGCCCUAAAGAAAGUUCUGGAGCUAGAAAUGAGGACAAUGAGUCAAUAGUAACAUGCAGGGAAAUAGAAGAUGAUGGAGAACAAUUGGAUGUUGCAGCUGAAGCUGUUGUAAGAGAAGUUAAAAGUGCAGAAUUGGGAGAAAACUCGGAUAUCAAACAAGAAAUAAGAAAGAAAGGCAAAAGAGAAUUCAAAACUCAUUUGCAGGAAGACACAAAUGUGCAAAUUUUGGAAGAAAAACAAGAGUGUGACAAUGGAUCCAAAGAAGAAUUUCAGCAUUUCGAAAUUGUGAUUGAUAAUGCAGAGAAAAUGUCCUCCACUUCUUGUGAAAAACUGCAUCUCAUACAAAAAGCACCAUCUUUGAAAGAAACGGAUGAAAUGAAAACCUUCUCAACCAAAAUCAGCAGUGCUCAGAUGUCAGAAAUCUUUGAGGAUGGCGAUUCCUCAACAGAUGAUGAAAAGAAUGAGAAAUGCAACAUUUCUGAUUUCUUACAACAUCCCCUGAAAAUUCAUAAAUCAUUGAACCUGACACAAAAGAAGAAGGAUAAAAAUUUAGAUGCCCAAGAACACAAAUCAAGCCCUACAAAAAAUAAUUAUCCUAAAGGUCCCCAGAGCUUAGAAUCAGGAGAUGCCACAAUAAGUUCAAAGAAAAUCACCCUUGAAUCAGAAAAUACGUCAGCCAGUCCUGGGAAAACCAGAAAUAAGAGGAGGCGUCCAUAUGAUUCACCUGUAAGGAUGUCAAAACGUCACAAGUAGUGAUACUUCAGAUGUCUAAAUUCUGCAUGUAGUGAUAUUUCCAAUGCCUAAAUGUUGCAGGCAGUGACAAAUCUAAUCUAUGUUUCUGCCUGUUCAAUUCUUUUAUGAUAAUUGCAUGACUUUAGUUCUUUUACAAAUUCCUUUAUAUAAAGCAUUUCUGCUUCAAUAUAAGAUUUUUUCUGCUAUGCUGUAGGCAGCAUAUUGACUUUUAUAUUUCUCUGCUAUAGACUGAUGCAGGAUUAAUGGUAAACGUAUUCCAAAGACUCAAGUUAUAGAGUUAGUUGUUGCAUUUCUUAAAGAUGUUUAAAAACAAUGGAUUAUAUAUUUUAAUGAAUAUGGUUGAUAUUGAAAACUCGCUAUCACAUAGAUAUGUUUUGAAAUUUCUUUGUACCUUCCCUCCAUUGUAUGUAUUAAAAUUGUUAUA